CAUCAGCUAGAAGGAUUAUCUCAACAGCUGUUGUGACAUCACCAUAGGAUGGACCAUCCUGUUCUGGCAACAUUCUAUGAUCCUCCUCGCGCCUAUUCAGACCCCAAGGCUGCAACAAAAUCGUUUCGGUGUUACGGUGAUCUCCCUAGACGUCAUCUUGCCAGCGUGACGACACACACGGUUGUAGUUACCGUGCGAGGCGCCGCGCCCCCUUCGGCCCCAAUCAGGAAGUGAAUUUGAGGAAAAUAGAGAAACGAGAGGCAGAGAAUGACAUAGAGGGGGGAGGUGGGAGAGGACGAGAGUCAGUCCGAAGGAGGGAAAUAUACUGUUCGGGAUCCUAACGGAACGCCAACCGUCCCUUGCGAGUCGUGAGAAGCACGUAGGACCACCACAAUGCUUAUUAAGGAAUUUCGAGUUAUUCUGCCUAUAUCAGUGGAAGAGUACCAGGUGGGCCAGCUAUACUCAGUAGCGGAGGCCAGUAAGAAUGAGACAGGUGGUGGAGAGGGGGUGGAGGUGCUGAAGAAUGAACCAUAUGAGAAGGAUGGGGAAAAGGGCCAGUACACACACAAGAUAUAUCACCUGCAGAGUAAAGUUCCAUCAUUUGUCAGAAUGCUUGCUCCAGCAUCAGCCCUCAACAUCCACGAGAAAGCCUGGAACGCCUACCCCUACUGUCGCACAGUCAUCACUAAUGAGUACAUGAAGGACAACUUUCUCAUCAUGAUUGAGACGUGGCAUAAACCCGACUUUGGACACCAGGAAAAUGUACAUGGCCUGGAUGCAGACACCUGGAAGAAGGUUGAUGUUGUCUACAUUGAUAUCGCAGACCGCAGCCAAGUGGAUGCCAAGGACUACAAAGCAGAGGAGGAUCCCUCUAAGUUUAAAUCAGUGAAGACAGGAAGAGGUCCUCUUACACCAGACUGGAAGAAAGAGCUCCCUAAAAAGACGGAUUGGCCCCACAUGUGUGCCUACAAACUGGUGACAGUCAAGUUCAAGUGGUGGGGACUUCAGAACAAGGUGGAGAACUUCAUCCAGAAGCAAGAGAAGCGUCUGUUCACAAACUUUCACCGUCAGCUGUUCUGCUGGAUCGACAAGUGGAUUGAGCUCACCAUGGAAGAUAUCCGCCGGAUGGAGGAAGACACACGCAAAGAACUGGACGAGAUGAGGGUGAAGGACCCAGUGAAAGGUAUGGUGGCUCUGGAAGAUUGAUGAGGAGGACACCAACUGACUGACCUGGCUGCUGUUAUACUGAUUAGAACUAUAAACCAAUCAAAACCAACAGAUUCAACAUUCCUCUCCUCUCAGCCACCUUCCUCUGCCCACCAUAGUCUGCUCUUCGGGGUCUGGACCCCCCUGUCUCUAGUCUAGAAUGGACCAAUCCACUCUUCUCCAACCCACCUUGCCUACAGACAGACAGAUGGUCAGUCAGUCAAAUGGACAUGUACAUAUCCAGUAUAUAUAUAUAUUGUAAUGUGCAGACAGGACCGUGUCUGUAUUAUAAUAUGAACAGGGUUUUUAAAACAUCACUUGGUCUGUAUUAAAGGUUGUCAGUGAUGUUUCUUUUCAGGACCAAGCUGUAUUCUGAUUGCUGUUGUUUUGAUGUUUUGAUUGUUUGUUUUUGUUUGGUUGUUUGUUUUUGUUUGGUCAUCCUUCUGAUCGAUUGAUCACCAGACCUCUCUACACCCUCCAAUCAUUUUGUUUUGAAUCCCUCUCGUCCCCAUAGAACAGACACUGUAUGAAAAACAGAGAUGGGUAGGCGGAGCUUACACCUCUUGGCCAAUAGGGAGCUUUCAAAGGGAGAAACUGUGCCUACUUGAUCUGCGGUGUUUGAAGGUUGAAGUUGCCUUGUGGAUACUGAUAUAAGAUCUGUAACUAGAUGGAAACUGAUACUAGAUCUGUUCUUAGAUGGAAGUUGAUCCUGUACCCACAUAAAAACUGAUUCUAAUAGAUCCCCAGUCUUAGUGAAUACCGCAAUGGUUGCUGGGAGUUGUAGGUAUCUGCAUGGACUGUGUGAAUGCAGCUGUGAAUUUCCCAUGCUAAUCUCUGGUGGACACAACCCUACAUCCACAAAGCAAUAAUACCUCACUCUCUCCUUUUCUUUUUCUUAUCUUUCAGUUGUUGUUGAUCUUCCCAAACCAGGCUACUUUGUCUUCCUAUAGUAGUGUGAGGUUUCAACCCAGGCUAGGUUUUCUUCCUGUAGUAGUGGGAGGUUUCAACCCAGGCUAGGUUGUCUUCCGAUAGUAGUGGGAGGUUUGAACCCAGGCUAGGUUGUCUUCCUGCAAGAGUGGGAGGUGUCUGUAUGUGAUGCAAUUUCCUCUCUUUAGUAGGAAGUGGGAGGAGAACAGGCAUGGGAGUAAGGGUCAGUGCUUGUUUUUGUUGGUUAAUGUGUGUUGUUUUUUUCCCAACAGUCUGCAGCCUUUCUACUCCCUGUCCUUUGACCCUCCUCUACCCUGUCAUCCCUGUCAUCCCUUUCAUCCCUGUCAUCCCUGUCAUCCCUGUCAUCACUGUCCUUCACUUGCUCUUUUAUGUGUUUUGUUUUUUAAAUAUACAGACGGGUGACAGAUGAAAUGAAACCCUUAAUAAAGGGGUUGAGGGACAAAGCUAACGCAGAUGCUUCCAUUCAGAUGAACUGCAUGAUACAAUAAAGCAGCUAACGUCCCAUCAUGCCCCGGGGCAGGUGUAAACUGAGCAGAGUUGGCCUUCAUUUUGGAUCAAGAUGGCAUUGUUAGGGCUCACAUGGCACUGAAUGGUUGGAUGAGUAUGAGAAUGAUGUAAUCAUAUGGCCUUGACAGUCAUCAACUCUCAUUCUUACUGAGACACUUUGUGUGGGUUUUUCUUAUUUGUCACCCGUCUUUUUUAUAUUGUACCUGUCUUCAGUCAUGAAAAACCUAUUUUCCAUCCAUGCUUCAUCUUCUCUACAUCCCUCUCUCAUCCCUCUCUCAUCCCUCUAUCCUUGGGUGUCUCUGGUGGUCUCUGGUGCAGCACUGUGUGUUUUGAGUGGUUCUCUGUAUGUACUGAUAAUGUAUAUAGAAUAUAAAUUAAUGUAGAUUAACAUAUAUAUGUAUAUAUAUAUUGGCCCCUCUGUCCUGUCAGUUCUACAGCACACCUGUCCCCUAUACUCUCCUAAAUGCUCCUCCCUAGCCCCUACACUCUAACCCCUAUUGGCUAACCUCUACUCCCUAGCCCCUACACUCUAACCCCUAUUGGCUAACCUCUACUCCCUAGCCCCUACACUCUAACCCCUAUUGGCUAACCUCUACUCCCUAGCCCCUACACUCUAACCCCUAUUGGCUAACCUCUACUCCCUAGCCCCUACACUCUAACCCCUAUUGGCUAACCUCUACUCCCUAUCCCCUACACUCUAACCCCUAUUGGCUAAGCUCUACUCCCUAGCCCCUACACUCUAACCCCUAUUGGUUAACCUCUACUCCCUAGCUCCUACACUCUAACCCCUAUUGGCUAACCUCUACUCCCUAGCCCCUACACUCUAACCCCUAUUGGCUAACCUCUACUCCCUAGCCCCUACACCUUAAGCCAUCGCUCCCCACAGCCCAAGGGACAAUCUCUCGUUGGCAGGACAGUGUAUAGGUAUAUUUUUGUUCUGAAUGUUGUCGUUCCUCUGUUGUAGUCUGCCGGCCUCUACUAUAUCUACUUUAAGGGUCAAGUCCAAAAUGUCACUCAAUAGGGAAGUCCAGAAGUUCACUUAACUGGACUGUGGGAUAUAGUCAGUCUUGAACGUGGCCAAUAGUUUAGCUGGACUGAAGAAGUAACCAGUCCAGUCUCAAAUGGGCAUUUACACCAUAUAUCCUAAAUCCUAAACUCCACACUCUUGAUUUGGCAGAGUAAUGAAGAUGGUAAUGGCUCAGCCUUCCCCUCUGAUGCUGGGUGGGAGUUCUGCCACAUUACUAGAAUCAAUCAAAUCCUCUACACAUCUCAAAGGCUGCAGGGUUUAGUCUGCAGAGUUUAGUCUGCAGGGUUUAGUCUGUAGGGUUUAGUCUGCAGGGUUUAGGCUGUAGGUUUUAGAUUGUAGGGUCUAAACUGCACAGUUUAGACUGCAGGGUUUUGACUGUAGGGUUUAGGCUGUAGGGUAUAGACUGUAGGGUAUAGACUGUAGGGUUUAGGCUGUAGGGUAUAGACUGUAGGGUUUAGACUGCAGGGUUUAGGCUGUAGGGUUUAGGCUGUAGGUUAUAGACUGUAGGGUAUAGACUGUAGGGUUUAGGCUGUAGGGUUUAGACUGCAGGGUUUAGGCUGUAGGGUAUAGACUAUAGGGUUUAGACUGUAGGGUUUAGGCUGUAGGGUUUAGGCUGUAGGGUUUAGGCUGUAGGGUAUAGACUGUAGGGUUUAGACUGCAGGGUUUAGGCUGUAGGGUUUAGGCUGUAGGUUAUAGACUGUAGGGUAUAGACUGUAGGGUAUAGACUGUAGGGUUUAGGCUGUAGGGUUUAGACUGCAGGGUUUAGGCUGUAGGGUAUAGACUAUAGGGUUUAGACUGUAGGGUUUAGGCUGUAGGGUUUAGGCUGUAGGGUAUAGACUGUAGGUUAUAGACUGUAGGGUUUAGACUGUAGGGUUUAGGCUGUAGGGUAUAGACUGUAGGGUUUAGGCUGUAGGGUAUAGACUGUAGGGUAUAGACUGUAGGGUUUAGACUGUAGGGUUUAGGCUACAGGUUGUAAGUGCUCAUUUGGACCCCGUGGAGAGAUGACAGCUCAUUGGUGUUUUCUGGUUUGAGUGAUUGGUGACUAAUUAGAAUAACAAAUCAGUUCAGAACCCCAAUGUGUUGAUUUUUAUAUAAAAGAAAAAAUAUAUAUAAAAAGAACCUGUUCAUUUUUUCUCCCCCUCUGUCUCUCUCUGUCCAUCUCUCUCUGUCCAUCUCUCUCUGUCCAUCUCCCCUGCUCCAUCUCUUGUUCUCAAUCUCUGGUCAACUGUUUCUGUUUUUUGUGAAUUUGUGCCUUUUGUUAGCUUCUCUUUUCUUCCAGUUACACUACAUUGGAGACGUGAAAACCGUGAAUAAUAAAACUCUGAAAGAGGAA